AGAAAGGAUUGUUAAUGGAAGAAAUCAAGGGAGGAAAAGGAUCAAUUUAUGGGAGAACUAUCAAGAGAACAAUGAAAUCCAUUUAGUAGAAUCCAUGAAGAGAACUUGGUGAAAUAAAGUUGGGGAUAAAGGUUAGAUUUAGGUUAUAGAAGACUUUAAAUGCCAUACUAAGCAUAGAUACCUCUUAGGAGGUAUCUGCGAAGGGAAGGGUCAUAGUGCAUGAGUUCUGAUUACUACAGUAGUUGAAUGUGUAGGAAAAGGCUGGAAAGAUGGAACCCAAGGGAGAAAACAAAGAGGCUUUUUCAAUAAUCCUGGUGAGAAAAGGCAGUGAACUAAGGUAAUGAUGAUGAGAGAAAAGAGAAAGAGGCAACUAGAUGUGAAAGUUUAUAGAGAGGGGAUUAGCAGUAGAUGUAAUAUGGCAGGUAAGGGGAAGGAAGGAAUCAAGGAUUACAACCAGGAUGCCUGGAGAAUGGCAAUACCAUCAAAAGAGUUGGGAAAAGAUUUGGGAAAUCAGUUUUGAUUCUAUGAAUUUAUCUAUAAAUGUACAGGGAAAUCUCAAGGGCUGAUUCCAUCAAAAUGUGCCAAAACUUUCCAGUGGGACAUGGAUAUUUUGAAUUCCUUGUUUUGUCAGUUUUCAUGAUUAGCAUACUUCAAGAUUAACAUGGCCUACUUCAAGACUAAUGAUGCUGACAAACACAAUGAAGAUCUUUUAGGGGAAGAGGGCAGAGAAUUUCCUUCCUAAUUAGCUACAAAAUAAUCAGGAAAAUAACUCUCCAGAACUGCAGUAGUGAAGGAGAUUGUGAUGAUUUUCUUUGUGUUCUGCUACCAUUGCUAUGUUUUCUAAAUAGAUUAAAGCCAUUCACUGAAAUAAACAACAUAUUUAUUUUUUAUUAGGGCUUUUUAUUUACAAAACAUAUGCAUGGGUAAUUUUUUCAACAUUGACCCUUGCAAAAUCUUUUGUUACAACUUUUCUCCUCCUUCCCCCUUUCCUAGAUGGCAGAUAGUCCAAUAUGUGUUAAAUAUGUAAAAUUAUAUGAUAAACAACAUAUUUAGAAGAUGAAGUCCACAAGUUUAGAAAAUAUAUUUUCUAAAUAGAUUGACUGAAUAAUGUAUUUAGAAGAUGAAGAACACAAGUUAAGAAAAUAUGGCUUUAGCAGAAAAGUUCAUCACUAGAAGCCUGGAUCAACAACAAAUGACAUCUUUUGGGGUUUUUUUGGUGAGGCAAUUGGGAUUAAGUGACUUGUCCAGGGUCACACAGCUAGUAAAUAUUAAAUAUCUGAGGUUUAAACUCUGGUCCUCCUGACUCCUAGGCUGGUAGUUCUAUCCACUGUGACACCUACCUACCCCUACCUAGCUAAUGAUGUCUUUCAAUCAUACCAUCUUAUGGAGACUCAGCUGCUAGGAAAUGGAGGGAUUAUGUCCAGCAUGAUUAGCAUUGAUGGAACUACACCUAUGCCAAAUCAUGGAUUGGAAAACUGUGAAUACUUUGCUUUGGAUGGAUAUCAGCUUAUGUGGAAAGAAACAAUAUUAGAAAAGGCUGAAAGUGUGGUACCAGAUUGUGGGAUGAUAGACUACUGUGAACUUUAGUCAAGAGGUAAUAGCAAGCUAUUCAUGAGCUCUGAGCAGGCUACUGACAAGGUCAGAUCUGAAAAAAAAAAUCAGUGCCAUAUCAGGAUAAAGGAUAAUUUGGGGAAAAUAGAAAGUAAAAGCAGAAAUAUGUUCCAUAUUGAAAUUAUUAAGGCAAAAGGUAAUGAUGGCUUUUCCUGGAUGUAGGAGUAGGGGCUGGUAGUGAACGUAGGCAGAUUGGGGUAAUUGUAAAAAAAAAAAAAAAAAAAAAAAAAGAUUUAGAAUGUGCAAGAAAUAGUAGUUGAGAUGACAAAAUUUUGAACAAGGGAGUCUGGGUGGACAGCAGAAACUACAUGUGCGGUUUAAUCAGUAUAGAGAAUUUUCAUGUCUUUGAGUUUACAUCCUAUCAGGGAAGGCAACAUGAAUGUUUAUACAAAAUGAAUACAAGGUUAUUUUUUAGAGGGAGCAGGAAGACAUUAGCAAUUGUGAAAUAAGGAAAGAUCUUAUGUAGAAGGUGGCUUUUGAAUCUUGAAGAAAAUGAGAUACUAAGAGGUGGAUGUGAAGAGAGAAUACAUUCCAUGAAUGGAGGACACUGCGUGGAAAGGGACUGGUCAGGAUUAAAAAAUAAUGGUUUGGUACUCAUUUAUGUAAAUGUAAUAGUUGAAGCAUUGAGAAUAAAUGAAAUUGCCAAAAUAAAGAGUAUAGAGAUGGUCAGGACUGAAUUUGGGAUAAUAGUUAUCAUAAAUAUUCAGGAAGAGGAUAAAGAUCUAUUGAAGGAGACAAAAAGGAUCAGUUAGAGGUAGGAAAUAGGGAGAAUUGAUGUCUAGAAAGACUAAGGAGCAGAGAGUAACCAGGAGAGCCAAUGCUCAAGAGUUUCAAUAGAUAGAGAGGCCAAAAUAUGAGGACAGAAUAAAGGCCAAUGAAUGGAUUAGGCAGUUAUGAAGUCAUUGGUGACAUUUGAGAGAGAAAUUUCAGGGCAAUGCUAGUGGAAUCUAUACUGCAAGAUGCUGAGGAGAGAGGGUGACUGGGGGUAAGGAAAUGGGGGCAUCAAGUAUGGGCAACUCAAGCAGUCUGGGGAGCAGGAAGAUAAUGGGAUGGUAACUGGAUGGAAUACAAGGAUCAAGGGAAGACCUGAAUGUUUGUAUUCAGGUUCUUGGGCAGACCGAUCACCCCUCCACGAAGCAGCAAGUCAAGGCCGUCUACUUGCUUUGAAGACUUUACUGUCACAGGGAUACAAUGUCAACACGGUGACCAUCGACCAUGUCACUCCACUGCAUGAAGCCUGUCUGGGAGAUCACGUCGCAUGUGCCAGGACUCUUCUUGAAGCCGGAGCCAACGUGAAUGCAACUACAAUUGAUGGUGUGACUCCAUUAUUCAAUGCAUGCUCCCGAGGAAGUGCCAGUUGUGUCGAGCUUCUCUUGGAGUACGGUGCCAAAGCUCAGCUAGAAUCAUGCCUUCCCUCACCUAUGCACGAGGCAGCCAGCAGAGGUCACUGUGAAUGUCUAGAAGCUCUGAUAUCCUGGGGUAUAGAUGUUGACCAAGAUAUUCCUCACCUGGGAACCCCUCUGUAUGUGGCUUGUAUGGCACAGCAAUACCAUUGUAUCCAAAAACUUCUUUAUGCAGGUGCUGAUGUUCAAAAAGGCAAGUACUGGGAUACUCCAUUACAUGCUGCUGCUCAACAGUCCAGCUUAGAGAUUGUGGGUACUCUGCUUGAAUUUGGGGCUGAUAUCAAUGCUAAAAAUACAGAACUCCAGCGGCCUGUGGAUGUAGCUACUCCUAGAAGCUUGGUUGAGAGGAUGUUGCUGCAGCAGGAAGCUACCCCAAGCUCUCUGUGCCAACUUUGCCGGCUGUGUAUUCGCAACUGCAUAGGAAGAGCAAGACUACAUCUCGUUCCCCAGCUCCAGCUUCCAAAGCUCCUGAAAGACUUCCUACAAUAUCGAUAAAGCAGUAAAUUCACCCUUGAUGACUCAAAAAGAAAAUGUUGCUGUUUGUUCUCUAGAAUGCUGUAUGUUUCCUAUCCAGAUAUCCUGAGGAUACAGUAAAAUAGAGUGUGAGAGCCCUCAGGAAAGAUGUGUAGAUAGCUCUAGCUUAAGAUCUACUAAUUGGAUGUUGAAUUAUUUUGGUUGAUGUUAACUGUUCUUUGUAUUUUAUGUAUUGAGGCACCAUAUGGUCUAGAUUUCAUUAGCUAGUCCAGAGAAUACUUUUGUUAAUAUAGGACAAAAAAAGACCCUCUACCAAUUCAUGUAAUCUAAUCUUCAAACAGAAACAGAAAUGCAAAUGCUUAUUAAAAUUAUUCAAUUUACAUUACAUUGUGAAAUGUAAUCUGUAUUUCUUCAGAUGUCCAAUUAGUGGCCUAGUUGUAUCUACUGAAACUGUUUAUUGCACUUUGUUUUUGUAUAACUGUAGACUGUGAUUCAUAAUUUGGAAGGAAUAGUAUGGAGAGAUCUUGCAUCUGAGCUAUACUAUAUUAAAGGAAAUUCCCUGUAUUGAUUUUUUUGUUGUUGUUAAAGAAAUAAAACGAUAGGUGUUGUUUAUUCAGGGUGGACAUACUAUCUUGGCCCGUUGAGUUACCUGCUAGGAUCUCCAGGCCUGUCAUUCACCUGUCACAUUUCUUCCUUCUGAGGGAAAAGACUGCAGUAUCAGAGAUUUCUUCUCAUUGUUUACACACAUCAGUUUAAGAACCCAGAAGCAGAUUUAGGAAUUGUGAAGCAGAGGAGUAAGCCAAACAGGUAGGACCGACACUUAGUGAAAUUAAUUAAGAAGCCAUAAGGUACACUCCUCGGUCUCCAGAGGAUUCAAUCCAGCACUGAAUAAAAUGCAAGAUACACUUUUUUAGAAGAAACUGGUGAAAAAUUAUUUAGUUUUAAAAAGAAAUACUAGUAGAAUACUAUUUUAAUAAGCUAAAGUGACAUCAAAAUCUGCAACACUGUAUCCAAAUCUCAUUAAUGGUAUUUUGUUGUUGUUUACAAUAAAAUGUAGCGUUUGUUAUGUUUAUAACACAAUAAAUGAAUGGAUGGUAUAGGGAUGGGAGAGAGGGGAAUUAUGAAUAUGGGGGGUUAUUUCUAUACCAAUGGUGCCUGCAAGGAUAAAUAUGACUGUAUUCAUCCCUUGAAGUUGUAAGUAUAUUUGAGUGAAAUGUAAACUAUUCUUAAUAAAUUCUGAUUUUUUUCAAAA